GAGAAUAGAGAGAGAGGGAGGGUACGAGGACGGAGAGCGCAUUCUCAACGACAGUCAUUUGGUUACGAGACGAGAACGAGAGUGGAGUCGAGUAGAGUGUAUGUGUAGUGUGGACUCGGGGGAGUGGAGGUGGUGGGGUGGGAGUGGGGGUGUGGUGCGACGGACUCCUGCGUUUUCGUUUUCCUCACUCUUUGCCUCGGACGGGAAGCUACAGGACGUUCGGUGUGAGGAAGGGGCUAAAUUCGGGAUCGUUUGCUGUGUUGUCUUCAAGAAAUUGGACUCGACGCUCGUUGGUCACUGAUCGUUCUCGUUGUCUUUCCUCUGUCUGUCUCUCUUUCUCUUUCUCUUGCUUACUUCAUUUGCUACCUUCCUUUCCUCGUCCUUGCUCCGUUCCCGUGUUGUCACAUUGCUAUCGCUGAGGGGAGGAUCGCGUACAGAGGGUGGAAAGAAAAAAGUUGAACUGACUGGGACGCGACCAUGGCGAUGACCUUACUAGAGUGAGUCUUCAGCUCUUUUGAGGAUGCAGCAUUAUAUAUAAAAGGAAAAAGGAGGUAUGGCGGACUGGGAAGCUCACUUUGCUGGUUGCUUGGGACCAUGCAGGCUAGCAGGAUUGGCGUUUAUGUUUUCUGUGGGGAUUCUCUUGCAGAUUCUGGGUUGUGCUCUGUACAAUAAUUGGUGGCCAAUGCUUUCAGCGCUGAUGUACGUAAUGGUCCCCAUGCCGUGCUUAUUUUUCGGAGGAAGUUCUUCUUCCGACUUUCUCUCGAUGUCCGAAGGAGGAGACUGGAAGGAUGUGGCGAAAUUUCUCACGGGAUUCUCAGCAGUUAUGAGUGUCGCAAUUCCGGCUAUACUGCAUCAUGCCGACCUAAUAGAAAAGGGGGCAAUGCUCCUCGAACUUUUGUCCUUCGCCAUUCUACUUUGUACUGUAAUAUUGUUUCAAAAAGUAAACCAAGAAGAUGACUGGUGAUGAUUUUGUCUCGGAACUCAUCCCUUGAACGCGACCAUUUGUCGUUCUCAAGGUAGCGUUGCCAUCUGCAUUGUUUUGCAUCAGGUUCAUUUGUCAAAUAUUCAUAUGGAACAGCUAGUGCUUACAGUAUAGGGACCUUUUUGCUCGAAGAAAAGAAAGGUGAUAAACUUGUACAAUUUGUCAAAUUCUUUGUCGAAGUGACAAUCUAUAUGUAUGUGGAACUGUGCGAUUUCCUGUCCUGCUCGGAGUUGUCUGCAACUUCUUACAGUGCGUAAACUACUCAUUCGAUUUGAUUUUUCAAGAAGACCCUUGCGACUCUUGACAAAGAGCCCCACUCGAUGACAUGGUAGCACGACUUUGUGGUAAGCCUGCCAUGGAGCUCGCUGUAGAGAAGGAUGGAAUGUGGUGGCAGGCAGCGUGUAGCGUGUGAUGAAGGCGGUGAUUGAAGGAAAGAUUAAUGUUCUCAUUUCUUUUCAAGUCUUGUGGGUCCUGAUAAGAUCCAAAAGCGUCUGCUCCUCCCGAGUACACAGACGGAGGACGACAACUGCGGCUUUCUUUCAUAUGGAAGCAUUGAAUACCAUCUUUGCUUGAAGCUUGAAUCUGGAAGCUUGAAGCGUGUGGGCCAUGUGCAGAACCGCCGUGGGGAUAGUGUAGGUUUGAAGAUUUCGUUGUAAUACUUUGGUAGCACCUGCGAAAAGGAAAGUCGGCAUUACUCUCCCUUGUGCUAGUAGACCAGGUGGGUCCGAGAGCACACCCCCUUUCCCACAUAACCAAGUGGAGUCCGUCUCUCAAGACAAAGGUCAAUGGUCUCAUAGUCCACUGUUGACACGCUUUGGAGGAGACUGCCUGUGCUCGCCAACUCGAGAUAAGUCUAUAACGACCUCCUCCUAUGCACCUUCAGUAUGUCGAAUACUGUCUUCCACCGGUCGGACUAAAGAGCAGCAGAUGGUCUGCAUCAUGACCUACUCAUGAGUCCCAACAUCUGACUAUGCCCCACACACAUACACACUCGACCCCACCACCCACAUCCCAGAGCUAUCCUCGCUAGCACAGGCCAACAGUUUACCCGUCUCUCGGGCGCAGCCCUUUCCAAAACUGUCAGUACUUUUCCGUGAACGACUUCAUCAGUCCAGAUACCCCGCAGCAUUGCUGGAAAUCUUCGACUGUCCCCUCCCUUCUUUCUCAUCUCCCUCUCUCUCUCUCUGUCUCUCACUAGUAUCAAGUAGUCGCUCCUUUUCCGUGUGCCUACAUCAAUGCGGAGGAAUUUGGCAGAAAAGGAGGAAGCAGAAUUUUCGCUAGUGCGAGAAGACCUCUCCCCGAGGGUUAGGUGUACAUUACAGAGGAGGCCAACGCCCCGACGCACUCCCGGAUUGGCGUGGAAAGAAAGGGAUGGUUAUUGGGGCCGGCCUGUAACGGCUGACCGUGCAUGUGUCUGAAGGACGACGCAGCCUGAGCCUGCGCCUGCCGGCCUGCGCACAAGCGCUUUUGAUCGCCGAGGGCUGCAGGGCCGUACCGAGAACGGAUCAGGCCUGCAGAGGGCAAACAAUAAAUGGCCGAGAAGAUUCAAAAGCGGCUUGGAGAGCGAGAGAAUGAGCGAGCCAUCGAAAGAUUCAGCGAGUGAUGUGAUAGUGCGGUAAUUCUGACGAGGAACAGGCGGAGUUCACGGGACGGACGAGACUCUGAUGCUGGAAUGUGAGGCUCGGUGCUUCGGGGUCCCACCAUCGGCGUCUCGGCCCCGGCAGCCUUGCCGAUGGUGCCUCUCCGGCUCUCCGGGCCUCCGGGCCUCCGCUCCGUCCCGAACGUGGGUCGGCUCACUCGAGCCCGAUGGUGCAGAGCCGUCCCCGAGGUCGGGCGGGCAGACAGGGACGAGCUUGUCCACGACUGACACGGCACAACAUCGUGACUUCUGAGCCACGCAGGCUCUGCCCAAAAGCUUCGCAGAAACAGCGAUUUCGCAGUUCGAGUGAAUCCGGUCGCUGCUCGGACUCGGACCCUCUUCCUCUCAUCCUCUCCCCUGUCUUGGAGCAGCUCAUCUCUCCCACUGUCAUUCUCCUUGCUUGCUCGGAUCUCGUAAAUGGGGGAUGAAGCUAUGGUCGCAAUUCGUUGUUGUUGUUAUUGUUGUUGUUGAGUAGGGCCCGGAGCCUAGAGUCGAGUCGACCGACACAUGCAACCCCACACGGCCCUUUAACAUUUUCCGGCAGAUCUUGGAAUUUUGUAUGAUUUUUGACACGGAUACGACGGACGAGGACGACUUCCAGCAGCUGGUUUGGAACAGGAAAGGGGCACAGAUGGUUUGCUUUCCGUCGACUGGCGAGGAUUGUGAGAGGGCUUGACUUCGGAUGCAAUUCAUUCUCGCCUGCAGGCAGCAGCUGCCGAAUCGGGGAUUGCCGCUUGUCUUUCACUUGUUUUGUACUGUGGGAAUUCAUUGCCACACUGCGCAGUGGAAAGUGAGGUGGUCAUUGAACAGCCGAAGUCGGUCCCACCUAAUCAAUCCUCUCUGUCACUCACGUUCACCAUUUUAACAUCCCUCGCCCGCACAUACCUCAUAUAGAAGUCUCUCUCUCUCUCUCUCACUACCGCAACCCCGCCACCCUGCCCUCAUGCACAUGCAGCUGCAUGUCUCUUCACCUAAUACUUGGGUUUCGCUCGAGCCUCCUUCCGUCCAUGCCUGUUCAUGUGGAUAUAUCCUGUUGGUCGUGCGCCUAUUUCCCCCCCUUUUUCUUCACGCCUUCAGUUGUACAUCCCCAUUCUGAUUCUCUGAAGCUCCCAAACUCCACCACACCACACCGUCAGCUG